AUGGAAUCUAACUCCUUAGAUUUUAAAAUAAAUAUAUAACCCAAGAGUAUAACCGAGCAUGUAGAGCCUGAUGUUGAUCUGACAGUCGACAAAUAUGAUGCUGUCUAUCAAAAUACCCAAUAGGAAGAAGAGGUGGAAGCAGCUAAUAAAGACUUACUAAUAUAAGAGUAUGAUAUCACAUAAGCUGCCCACCCCUAUUAUUGUGUUGCUGCUUUAUUAUUAACUUCUAUUCCAGGAUUAACUUUUAUUUUGUUACAGGAUGUUAUACAUGCUUAUCCCUUAGUUAUCAUACUUUAGUUGGCUUAAUUUCUGGCACUAAAGAACUACUUGGGCUUAAAAUUGAUUGGGUUACGUUGGUGGAUUGAGAUGGAUAUCAAGGGAGAAUAGAAAUGGAUGUUCUAGACUCAAUCAUAAGAAUAAUCAAAUAAAGUGGAUAAGUACUUCUUUUGGGCCUGUCUCAUAUAUGGUACACUCUUUUGGUGCAUAAUGUGUCUUGGAGACUUCUUUGGAUUCAAAAUAUUCUGGUUACCAUUGCCAAUCAUAUGUUUUGUUUUGUCUUUAACUAAUUUAUAAGGGUUUUACAAAUGCAGAGGAGAGCACAAGAAGAAAUUAUAACAAUUGAAAAGAGAAAUGGCCAAAGGGGGAAUGAAUAUAGUGGGAAUGAUUAUGAAGUGAUAUGAAAUUGUUAUUUUAAUAUUUUUCGAUUUAAAAUGG